AUGGCAUCUGCCCCUCCUCCACCAGCUCCAGUUGCCGCAUACCCUGCCCCGGUCAAAGUAGACCAUCCAGAUGCCUAUACAGGCAAGAUUGGGAGUGAAGCCAAGCAAUGGCUUACAAUGAUGCUGGCCUGGACCAGGCUGAACUUGCGCAUGUUUCCCACGGACCAAGAAGUCCUAUCCUUCCUUCUCAUGAAUAUGAAGGAUUCCGCGGGAGCAUGGGCCCACCCACACCUCAACCAGCUUGGAUCACACCAAGCUAUCAUCCAAACUGUUGAGGGGUUCAAGGUAGAGUUCCUGGCAGCAUUUGGCAACCCUGACACCACAAGGGCCGCCAAGCGGAAGAUCACCACCCUUACUCAGUCCGGCACAUGCGCAGACUAUAUCACAAAGUUCAGAACCCUUGCCAUGGAACUGGACUGGAAUGACAUGGUCCUUAGAGGCCAAUUUGCCUGUGGCCUCCACUGGGAGGUCAGCCGCCAAAUUGCAACCUGCAAACACCGUCCCCGCACCCUCCUCAAGCUGCAGAAUGCAGCACUCAUCAUUGACAACGCCCUCCGUGAGGAGCAAGCUAGCCAUCCACCAAAGGAUAAUAAGUCUAGCAGACCAUCUAACCCCGCAAGGGGGACCAGUACUGGCCAAGCCACUUCCGGUUCAAAGAAACUCUCCAACAAUCCUAAUUUUGUGUUGGAAGAAGAGCAAAACCGCUGCCAUGCCGCAGGCGCCUGUAUCAAAUGUGGCAAAAUGGGCCACAAGUUUGCGGAGUGCCGCACGGGCUGGAAAGCCACCCCCAUCAAAGACAAGGGGAAGGCUAAAGAGACUGCCAAGAUAGGCAAAGACUCCAAGUACCAAUUGGGAAAAGAGUAA